AUGAGCAGCAGUGCUGCCGGUGCCGGUGCUGGGCCGGAAGAUGCGCCGCCCAAGGAGAACGCCUUCAUGAUCAUGGGCUACAACGUCGAGUUCCCGCGCGGCAAGCGGCCGUUCCCAGCGCAGUUCGCGGUCAUGAACAAGGUGCUGACGGCGCUCAAGACGGAGCAGCACGCGCUGCUCGAGUCGCCGACGGGCAGCGGCAAGACGCUGGCGCUGCUGUGCUCGUCGCUGACAUUCCAGAAGCAGUUCGUGCGCGACAAGGUGGCGGCGCUCAAGAAGGAGCAGGAGGACCCCAAGGUGCGCGCGCAGGAGGCCCAGAAGCAGGCGCAGGAGGCGCAACUGCGCGCGCUCGAGGCGCAGAUGCAGCUCAUGGAGGCCCAGCAGCAGGUAGAGCAGGCCCGGCGCCAGAGGCAGGAGAGGGAGGGCGGCUCUACCCAAUCUACCUUCCAGUCUACUCAGGAGACCCAGGCCACGCAGGCCACGCAGGCCACGCAGGUGGCCGGCCUCAAAGAAGAGGACGAUGACGACGAUGUGGCAGCCACACAGCCCAGUGGCUCCAACGGAGAGAGCAACCCGCGGCUCAGCGCCGACGGCUGGAUGAGCACUAGGAAGCGGGAGCUGGACGCCGACAGCACGGCCACCAAGAAGAAGCGCGUGCUGCCCAAGUCCUUCGCCUUCGCAGCGGCUGACGCCGGCAAUGCCGCAUCGCAGCCGGCAGACAGCGCUGACGUAGGCGCCACUGCUGUCGGGCCGGACGGCAAGCCCAAGAAGAAGCGCGUGGUGCCGCCGCGCAUCUACUUCUGCUCGCGCACGCACUCGCAGCUGGCGCAGGUCGUGGACGAGCUCAAGAACUGUCCCGUGUCGUACCUCGACUCGCCCGAGGACUCCAACACGUACACCAAGCAGCUGCAGACCUGCGUGCUCGGUUCCAAGCGCAACAUGUGCGUCAAUCGCAAGGUGAACCGCGAUCCGUCGCAAGUGGACGAGAAGUGUCGACUGGCGCUCGAGGGCGCGUCCUGCUCGUACUUCAAGAAGCGCAAGAAAGCCAACGACCUGCGCCGCCACGUGCCGCCCGUUUGGGACAUCGAAGACCUCGUCAAGCUGGCGCAGAAGCACCGCGAGUGCGCCUACUUCCACGCUCGUGAAGCGCUGGACCACGCCAACAUCGUCUUCGCCCCCUACAACUACCUGCUGGACCCGUCGAUCCGCGAGGCCGUGGGGAUUACACUCAAAGACUCCAUCAUCGUGCUGGAUGAGGCGCACAACGUGGAGGACACGUGCCGGUCGAGUGCCAGUGUGGAGGUGACUACAGAGGUUCUGGCGGCGUCGAUCAAGGCCUUCUCGAUCGUGAUCAAGCACGGCAACCGACCCAAGUCGUACAACGCACUGCUCAAGCUCCUGAACGGCAUCAACCGCUGGCUGCAGAGCGUCGACUCUAACGCAAACGCCAUCCUCCAGCCCUCGGGCUACGAAGAGAAGAGCAAGGUCUGGGACGGUGCUGACGCGCUAGCGAUGCUGGCCGAGUACUCCGGAUUGACCAAGGACAACCUGGCCGAGAUGAAAGCUAACGUGCAAGAGGUACGUGAGUAUGAGAACGAGCUGGGCAACAGCGCGGAGUCGAGUCAGCAGGCCACCCAAAGCAAGGCGUCACAGGAUGCGGCAGCGAACCCUACGGGCGCCUCUGUUCUUCUCGGCGCGUUGGCUUUGGCCACGGUGCAGAGUAUCAUGAACGUGGCUGAUUACAUGUUUCGCGACAACCUCAAGUUCAUCGACGACUUCAAGCUGGUGGUGAUCAAAUCAACGUCCACGUGGAAGGAGAGCGCUAGUUUCCGGUCUCCUACCAAGAGGAACGGUGGCGACGAGUGGGAGUUGAAAAUGUGCAUCUGGUGUCUGAAUGCGGCGGUGGCCUUCUCGGAUAUUGCGAGCCAAGCGCGUAGUGUUAUUCUCACGUCGGGUACACUGAGUCCCAUGGAAUCGUUUGCCGGGGAGCUGGGCGUGGACUUCCCCAUCCGCCUCGAGGCCAACCACGUCGUAAAUAUGCGCAAGCAGGUGUUCAUCGGGGCCGUGAUGCACGGCCCUGGCAACGUUGACCUUCAGUCCACGUACAACAACCAGCAAGACCCCAGGUAUCAGGACUCCAUGGGCCAGUUGUUACUGCAAUACUCGCAAGCGAUUCCAGGCGGCAUUUUGAUGUUCUUCCCGUCGUACUCUCUGCUGAAUAAACUCACUACACGCUGGAAGAAGACGAAGUUAUGGGGCGAGAUCGAGCAGUUCAAGACCGUGUACUCAGAACCACGCAACGCUGGCAAAGACUUUGAUGCGCUACUCGAAGAUUACAAGGACACCAUCACCAAGUGCACGGCAGAGGGCGAUGAAGCACAGGACAAAAAGAGCGGUGCUAUCUUCCUGGCCGUUUAUCGCGGCAAAGUGAGCGAAGGUAUCGAUUUCUCCAACGACAACGCGCGAGCGGUGCUCUGUGUGGGCAUCCCAUUCCCCAGUGUCAAGGAGCUGCAGGUGUCUUUGAAGCGAAAGUACCAGGACGAGAAGAGCCGCAUGAACAUGAAGCUCGUGAACGGGCACGUUUGGUACCAUCUCCAAGCGUUCCGUGCGCUCAACCAAGCGCUGGGGCGUUGCAUUCGCCAUCGCCAGGACUAUGGAGCCAUCAUGCUGCUGGAUUCCAGACACCGCUUCAACAAGCACACCAAGUCGCUGUCCAAGUGGAUGCGCCCGUACAUCCAGGAGUUCGAGCACGGGCAGAUGUGCGUGCCCAUGUUCGGCGACUUCUUCCAGCGGAACAGGAUGGAGCUACCGCAGUCGGUGCCGGCGCCUCCGUCGGAGAAAACUGCCGGAGCGGCCCCCUCGGAGUGGAAGUCGAAGCGCGCACCACUUGUUCUCAAGUACGAGGACGAGAAGAAGGGGAAGAAGGACAGUGCCAAGGCAAAGCGCAUGGUCACGCCCUCGAUGUCGUCGACUCUGGCAACUGUGAAGGACUUUAUGGCAAAGCAGAAGCAGGACUCAGACCCGCAAGACAGCGUCUUCUCGAUAUUCCGCCAGCAACCUCCAAAGAAAUCAAGCUAGAGAAAUACCGAUACGAAAUGAAGAGCACACAAUAAGGUAGUACCAACGUCAAAGGUUUUUU